AUGAAAAUAAGGAAUAAUGCUAUUAUAAAAGUGUACUACGCAAAUGGUAUUCAUUAUAAAUGGCCCAAGUAUUAUUCCAAUGAAAAUAGUGUAAAUCAUAGUGAUUGUAUAAAAAUUGUGAGUGGCGAAAAUGGCAAAUAUUUGGACGGCAAAAAACAAAUGAACCACAAACUGAAAGGGAUCACGAAUUAUUAUACACGGAAUGAAAAAAAGCACAUAUUAAAAAGCAUUUAUGAAAAUAUUCGAUUACAAAAAAAUGAACUAAAUGACGAAAUGUUAAAAUAUUAUAUGGAAGAUGAAGACAUAAAAAAAAUAUUAGAAAAUGAAAAGAUUUAUGAUGAUAAUAGUAAAAUAGUAAGGAUAAAAGAAAUAGAAAAAAAAGAAGAAGAGUUGAUUACAAAAUUUAAUAGUUUUUAUGAUUUAUUAUGUUUUUCUAUUGAAAAUUUAAAGAGACAAAAUAAAAUUCCAACUAAAAUGAAUAUUGAAUCAAACACAGAAAAUGAUUUUUUAAGCCCCAAUUUAAAUAACAACGUUUUUUAUAAAAAUCAUGAACUUAUAGUGAAUAAUUUAGAAAUAAUAAAAAAAUUUUUGAUAUUUAUGGAUAAAAGUUUAAGCACAUACAACAUUACAUCAUCCUCUUUUAAAUUAUAUUUUUGUCUUAAUAAGUUUGUAAUCUAUUUCUUUAAUUAUUUCUUUCAAUAUGUUAAUUAUUUGGAUUUAAACUUAUUAUUGAAAUAUUGUUAUUUAUAUAUAAAGUUAAAUUUAUUCGAAAAUAGUUUAAUUCUUUAUAACCAGAAAAAACGGAAUUCUGAAAAACUUUAUCAUGCAAAUAUAUCUGAUGAAGAUAUUUUUGAAAUUACAAAAAAUAAUAAUAAUGUGGCGUUGAAAUUGUUAAGCAUAAUAGCGGAUAAAAAAGGUUAUCAUGAAUUGCUGGAUUUAUGUGAAUUAUAUAUGUUGUAUUUUAAGAAAACGAAUAUAAAUAAAUUCAUACAAAUAGUUUGUGAAACAAAUUUUGAAAAUAAAGAAGGAAACGAUAAUAUAGAAACGUUAAAAAAUGAGGAUGGUGAUAAAAUUGGUAAUGGAUUUAUGAAUGCAAUUCCUAGGCACACACAUAACAGGAGUCACGGUGCAUUGAUGCAUAAGCAUAAUGAUUAUUUUAUUUGUUUAUAUUUCAAUUUUUUAUUUUUAUUAAAUAAAAUUAUUGGUAAUUAUACAUUAUUUUUACCAAAAAUGAAUAAGCAAGUAUAUCAUUUACUUGAUUGUGUGGGAGUAUUAUGUGAGCAAAUUUUUGAGGGGGAAAAUGGGGGCGAAAAAAAAAUAAGAUAUUUGCUCUCAUUAUUAAAUAGUGUAUCAGUAGAAAAAUAUAUUAUAAUAAAUAACCAUUCAAAUGACUACUAUAUGUAUGAAAAAAAUAAAAACUUGAAAAAUGCGAUUUUUUUGAAUAGUGAAUAUGAUGAUGAAGCUAUUAUUAAAAAGAGCACCGAAAAUAAUGUAACAAAUGUUAUUAAUAGUUGUAAGGAUAAAAAUAGUAGUAAUAGUAAAGAAUUAAAUGAUAAUGAAAAUAAAAUAAUAAAGAAACAAUGUUCUUAUGACGAUUUUUUAUUGAAUGUUUAUAAGAAUACACACAAUAAUGUAAUAUCACUUUUUGAAAACAUGGCACAUUAUUUUAUUUUAGAAGAUUGUGAUUUAAUUCUUAAAUUUCUUCAAAUAAUUUAUAUGACUAGAUAUAUGAAUAUAUACAAUAUAAAUAUACUGUUUUAUAGCAUAUGGCUGAAUUCUACAUUUUUUAAAAUGUAUCAAGUAAAAAAUGUGUUAUUUUUUUUAUCUUUAUUUAAAAGUAGCUUUGUUAUAAAGGGGAUGGAUUUACAAAGAUCGAUAUACAACUGGUAUAACAAGCAGUUAAUAUUUUAUUUACGAAAAAGAUUAGAAGGAUACUUUGAAAAUAACACAUUGGAAGCUAGUAUUAAAAGUAUAUUUGUUUUGUCUGAUUUGAUAAGUUAUAAUAAAGUGAUUAAAAAGAUUUUAUUAAGAAAACUAGUUAUGCUAAAUUUUAAUAAAAUAACACCAACAAUUUUUUGCCAAAUAUUUUUUUUAUUAAACAAAUUACGGUUUAAUGCUAGUAAUCAAUUGUUUUGUGAAAUAUUUUUAAAACAUUAUAAAAAAGUAAUAAAUUCAUUAACAUAUAUGGAAACCCUUGAUUUAAUUAAGAAUAUAGAAUAUUUAAUACCCAAGAAAAAACGAAAAAUAUUUGUUAUUAUGAUAUUGCAUUUUUUUAGAAAACUAGAGCAUAAUAACCUUAUAAGUUACACCAAUGAUACAACCCCAAUUAGCUUAAACCAUGUAUUUAAAUUAAUUAAUAUUAUAAAUAAGUUUAAACUUUAUGAAUACUGCAAUAAAAUAUAUUUUAAUCCUCUAUAUCAAUUAAUUUUCACCGCCAUUAAUAUGAACUAUAUGGAUUAUAAUCAAAAUAAUAGAUUUACUGUUUCAAAAGACAUUCUUAAUGUUCUACAUAAAAAUAGCAACUAUUCAUUUAUGAUUAAGAAUAAUAAGACAGUUUUAAUUGAUAAAAGUUAUAAAAUUAAUGAAAAAAUAAAGAAUAAAGAUCAUAGUAAAUCGUUGGUUUCUUCUGAAAUUGAGAGAAUAGGGGAUUAUGAUAAUAAUAAAGACGUUGAAUUGACAUAUCAAAACAGUAUUAUAAACGAAUUUAGUGUAAAUUUAGAUUAUGUUAAAAAUAUGGGAAUAAAAUUGGAAUUAUUAAGAACAGCCCAAAUACUGGAUCUAGUUUUUUUCAAUAUUAAUACAAAGAAAAAUAUCAUUCUUAUCAGUGAAAUAUACACCGAUUUGUUUUAUAGAAUUAUUCGAAACUGCUAUUUUUCAAAAAAGGAAUUAUCGCUAUCGUUUCGAAGUAUAUGGAUGUCGCGAAUUUUUCAUUUGAAUUUUUUGGCAGCAUUAAUAGAUACUAUAAAAAAUAAUAUAAAAAUAGUAGACACCUCAAUUUUUUCUUUAGAUAUAUUGCUAUGCUUGUGCACAUAUAAACAUGAAAAAUUGGAUGAAUCUUUAGUAAUUACUUUAUUUAAUAUAUUGUUUGAGGAUAUAGAUAGAAUUUUAAAAAAUGUAAAAAAUCAAAUACUUUUUUAUUAUUGUUUAAUUUUUUUGGAGUUAUAUUAUCCAUUUCUAUUUUUAAAAGUUAUCAAAAAACGAAUAAAUGCAGGGAGAUAUAAAGAUACUCCUAUUCAAUUAGAGAAUGAAAAGGGAAAUAUAUCACACAAUGUUAAAGGAAUUAAAAAUAAUUAUAAGGAAAAUAUGGAAAACAACAUAAAAGAAAAAAACGAAAUAGCGAAUAAAAUAUUAUAUACUCCUCAUGUAUUGGAAAACAUAAGUGGCGCACAUAUAGUUGAUAUAUUGAAAUAUAUAAAACAGAUAUUUUUUCUCCAGCAAAAAAAAUACGCUCAUAGUUAUGAACUUAUUAAAUUUUAUGAAGUGUUAGACAUGCUAAAUAUAACAAAAAUGAAGUUUAGUAAUAUACCUAAUGUUUUUUUUAAAAAUUAUGAGAUUGAUGGUUUAUUUGUUUUGCAUAUAUAUUUUCCACAGUUGAAAUUUGCAAUAUUAUUUACAAAAAAUGGAAUUAUGGGAAAUAGUGGUAAUAACAAAAAAAAAAGUAUUUCCAGUAUCAUUGAAAAUGAUAAUAUGAAUGUGUUUCAAUUAAAUGGCGAUAAAUGUGUUAAGGAAAUAAAAAGUGGUGAUUUGGAUUAUACAGUCGAUGGGGCAAACGAUGAUAAUAAUAGAAAUAAUGUUGAAGGCUCGUUAGCAGUGAAAAGAAAUAACAAUGAUGAUAACAAAGUAAGUAGCACAAAUCCGUUUUACAUAAAAAGUAACUAUAUUGAUAUGAAUAGCCCUUUUUUUGAAGAUAGUUAUGAAAAAAGUAUGGAAAUAAUGGCUCAAAAACUAUAUUUAUAUAAAAACUAUAAAAUAAAUAUUAUGGUAAUACCUAUGGAAAAGGUGAUUUAUUUUUUUAAAAUGUUCGAUAAGGAAAAACAAAAUUGUAUAAUAAAUGAGUCAAAUUAUGUUUUUGACAAUGUGUAUAACCAAAUUUUAAACACCAAGAAAAUCAAUAAUAAUUUGGAAGGAAUGAAUAUUAUAGGGUCUCUUGUGAAAAAACAAUUGCAAUAUAUUUUUUCAUUAUAA